AUGGGCCCCUCUGGCGUCGGGAAGAGUACUUUCAUCAACUACCUUGCAGGCGAAGAUAUCGUUCGGGUUGGCCAUGAUAUGCAAAGUUGCACCACACAACUUCAGCCGAUUGUUGUGAGUCCACCGCAUUCAAUUCUGUUUCGCGACAGAAGAGUGGUGCUUGUCGAUACUCCUGGAUUCGAUGAUACUUUUGCGGCGGAAUCAGAAGUCUUGAACCGCAUUGCUUCUUGGCUUGCGCAUCUCGCCGAUACGAAACUUGGUGGGCUUAUCUACCUUCACGACAUUUCCUUGCCUCGAAUGAAAGGUACCGCUCUGAGGAACCUUGAGGUAUUCAAGAAACUUUGUGGGGAUCGGGCUUUGCGUAGUGUUGUCCUUGGUACGACAAAGUGGACGGAACUGCCGGUGGCGUCCACUUCUGUCGAAGAUGUUGGAGAACAACGGCUCAAAGAACUUUGUGGCAAAUACUGGCUGGAAAUGAUUGAACGUGGAUCAAUUGUCCGCAAAUUUGAGGACACACAGCAAUCUGCGUGGGACAUGGUGGACUCAGUUCUUGCAUAUGAUGUGAUUAUCCCUGUAAUCGGCGUGACUGGGGUUGGGAAAAGCCUGUUUGUUAAUACCCUCGCCGGCAAGCCUGAAGUCGUCGUCGGAGAUGAUCUUCAAUCAUGCACCGAUAAAGUCCAGCCCGUGACCAUCAAUCCAAGCCUGGUGAACAGUCGAAAGGCUUCGUAUCAUGGGAGAAGACUGAUCGUCGUAGACACGCCUGGCUUUGACUCUACUUUCGGGGAUGAUGCUACAACGUUAAGAGGAAUCGUUGAGAAUUUGGCAACCAGAUAUGGACCAGACAUAAAGAUCGGCGGAAUCAUCCACCUUCACGAUGUGAACCUCCGACCACACCACGACUUUUCCAAAUAUCUUGAUAAAAUUUGUGAACUAUUCACCGAACCUAAGACGCUCAUCCUUGGCACCACGAAGUGGGGGGCUGACGACGCCAGGCGUGCUGAACGGGAGUGUAAACUUGACAGCCUCAUCAACCACUUUUGGGGCAAGCUAAUCAAGGACGGCGCAACAGUUCGUAAAUUUACAGGCAGCCAAGACUCGGCCUGGGAGAUGGUCGAGGCGAUACUCGAUGAUGGUAAAAGCACCCUAUGUCGAACGGAGGUCCUUCAGAUUCAGGAGGAAUUGGUUCAUGCGAAGAAGCUCGUUGCCGACACAGAGGCGGGCCAACAACUGCGCUAUUGUCUUGACAAACUACUUAGAACCCCAAAGAGUAAACAACUCUCGACAGAUUCCCUUUCUAUUGAAAUGCUCAAUCCUGCCCAAAUUGCCGGUAUUCGUGCACAAAUCAAGGCAUUGCAUAUUCCAUUCUCUUACCGCGUCUUACGAUUCUUCGGAGUACUCGCACCAAAGAAUAAAUUACUGGGAUGA